AAUACAUGGCGUCCCGUGUCUUUCACGUACGCUAAAUCUCGAGUUGUACGAUACAUUGUUGCAUGGUUCCUGGUUUCGUUUGGUAUUCUAUAAUCAGGCGUGUUGUAAUGUCGUGAAUGUGUUGCGGAGGAAACACGAGAGACAAAAAUAGAGAGAUAAAAGAUAUAUAUACGUAUCUGUGUGUAAAAGCGGAAGCAAAGUACAGACAGAUUCCGUGACUAAACGACCGGGGGCUUGUUGCAUUUACGCGGAGGGGGGGAGGCGAGUACGGUUUAAAGAAAAAGGGCGUGGAAAGGAUUGAACGAGUUAAUAGGCAGGACGUAAACGUACGCUAACAUACUAUGGGUAAGACGCCAAAGAAGGCGGCCCCUGGGGGCGAUGAGAGGAAUUUGUACAAACGGAGACUCAAGGCAACGACCGCGCCGUCGAAUCCUUCCGAAACUAGCUUGCACAAGAGACACAGGAAUAAGGUGGGUACCUUGAUAAAAAAAGUACCUCCUGGUCAAAAGAAGAGCUUCGACAGUAAAGUUGGUGUGCCAGUAAAAGUUGAGGUGAAAAGCGACGCAAAACAAGCAAGUAAUCCACCAGGGAGCUCCAAGGAGAAGAAAUUAUCUGUUUCAGAGAAAGGUGACGAAUCAAAGUGUGCAGAGAUGCAGCCAGAAUCAGAGGAAGCAGAAGUGAAGCAGAAUCCAUCUGUGCAAAAAGAAGACAUUAGCACAGAGAUUUCUAAAGAUACCCAGGAAUCUGACAAGGAGCAUGUUGAUCGUGCUUCUUCUGAACCUGUUUCAAUUUCCAAAGUACAAGAAGACACGGUAAAUAAAGAAGCAGUAGUAGUUGUCGAGGAAGAAAAAACCGAAUGCCAAGAGAAAGAGAAGAAUUCGAAUGAAACUAAAGAGGCAGAAGAGCAGGAAGAGGUUGAUCUGAAUUUAAGUUAUGAAACAGAAGAUAACGUUGCAAAGGUACAAGCAGAAAGGAUCGAGGAUAAAGAUUCAAAAGAGGAAAUCAAAGAGGAAAGCUCUUCGACCUUAGCAGCAGCGAAAAAUGUAGUAAUGGAGAAGGAAGAGUUGCAAAGCGAAUCUCAAACCGACACAGAAAGUUAUUCGGCAGAUGUUCUGGAAUUUACAACGUCCGAAAUAUCCGAAACAUCGGAAUCUGCGUCGCAGAACGACAUACCGAAGAAAGAGGAAAAAGUUGAAGAGCAAAGCAUCGGCAAAGACAUUUCGUUCGUCUCGUACGAUCCUUCUAUAAUGUUGAAGGACGUGCAGAUCAAGCUGAACGAUUGUUUGAAAGAGAAUUCCAAGUUAUUCGAUACGAGUAGUAGCGGCGGCGGCGGCGGCGGCGGCGGCAGCGCCAGCGGGCACAGUUCACUGAGCCAGCCGUCCAAGGACAUGUCUUACGGAAAAACGUUGAGAAGUAUCUGCGGGAGACGUUCGCUAAGUAGAAUGCGCCAUGUUACUAUACGCGAGCAAAGAUAUUCGCCAAACGACUCGAUGUUCGUGAACACGUCGACCGCGUCGUUGGCACCUGACGAUUCGGAGGACUUUAAGAUUUUACGCUACAACACCGGUUUAUCCGACACAGUUUCCGCCACGAAUGGCAGUCCGAUGGAUGGAAAGCGGAAACAUGAAAUCGACGAUUGGAAUUUGACUAAGAAACAGAAAACAGAAUCGGAGAACAGCUUGUUAAAUAGCUCAAUUGGUUUGUUAAAGGGGUUACGCAGGCCUAUACAAGUCUCCACUCCAAUUUCUGAAUUGAAGUUUCAGUCUGGUAAAUUGGAUCUCGACGAGGAGAAUAAACCAGCAAACGAAGACACUAAGAAAUGGUGCGUCAUCAUGUAAACGAGCAUUGGAUCGCGUUUCGAUCAAUGAAACAGAGUUUUAUAUAUUUUUG